UGUACUGAUCUCUUUUCAGCUUCGUAGUUCGUAGUGCAUAUUAAUUUGAAAAGCAUUUGAAAUGAAAUCCUUUCUAGGACAAUACAGACAGUACAUAAUGUGGUUCACCGGCAGUCUGUCGUCAUCCAGGUACUUUCUUUGGUACUAGGGGUGUUAAAACUGGUUUUUUUAAAUCACGCUUUCAGUAUCUGUUCUUUCGCUAGACUUCCGUGUGACGGUUUACUAUAUGCGUAGUCGAUACUCGAUAUUCACAGUGUUAGUGUUUGUUAGUAAAAGGAGGACGUUAUUGGUGGCACGUGUAUUUAUGUGUUUGAGAAUUUCAAGAUUAUCGUCUCGGUGAUUAUCCAUCAAUCCGUGGUGACGUUCUUGUCUGCAAGCGAUGGCAGCCAACAACAACCCGGCGAAUCCAAAAGAGAAUCGAUUGGUGUUUUCUUCCAACCCUGGUGGGUUGCAAGAGUUGGCUUGCGUCGUUACAUCAGCUUCAUUUUAUUGUCGUCAGCUGAACCAAUGCGAAAUUGUCUCGUUGCCAUUGCCUUCAAUUAUCCGACAAAUGAUCAAAGAAUGUAUCUUAGUGGUAGAGAAUUCUCUGAAGAAAUGGAGUAAGUUUCACGAUUCGUGUAUUUUUUCGCAUCGCAAAGACGAGAAUAUCGCGAUUGUUUUUGAAGAUUUCAUGGCAUGGCGGGCUGAUGGAACAAUCAACUUCGAAGAAACGGCUGUGAAUUUGAUCGAGUGCGAUAAGUCGAGUCAAAUGGAAAAGUAUCGAUUAGCGUGUAUUUACUGUUUGGUCGACGAUGUCAAAAAACUAUGGCCGAUAGAGACAGAUGCUGAUCAACCGCUGAUUAAGUAUUGGAAUCAACGUAUGAGUGGCGAGCAGUGUGCGGAGUCUUCAUUGUUGAAAGACAACUCUUUUCAUAAUCAGUCAGCGUUCGAGUAUCUUUGGGGAUUUAUGACCGACGACGAACAAGUACGGAAGGUCAAGAAUAUCAGCAAUUGGAGUACAGGAAAAUCGUUGCUGAAGUACGCGUUGCUCAAAUUGAGCGAAAGUCAACUGGAGCGUGUGAUGAUGUCACAUGCCAGCGAUGUUUUCUACGCAUUGUAUUUCGAAUCGAAGGCUUCGGUAAUUCCAUUAUGGGAUCAUGUAAAGAACGUGAUCACACCAAAUGUUUUUAAAGCAAUUAUCCUCCAGUUUUUAGCUUUUGCUACGAGGAAGGUGCCCAGUUUGGCGUACGACUUGUGGAUUAGAGCGCCGGAGUUGUUGAAAAACCACAUAUUGGUCAAUAAUUUUCAAUAUGUAUUGAACUGUUCAACGAAAGACGAGAGAUUGUUUUUUGACUUGUUGUUGACAACUGACGUCGAGACUAGGGAAAAGAUUUGGCGAGAAAAAUGGCGAGAUAUUAUCGUUGAUGUGUCUCCCAGCUAUUUGCAAAAGAUCAUGGAAUUGUGCCUUGGCAGUGGGGAUGAAAUAGCUUCGUUCAAAAAAACUCACUUGAGUAAUUAUCCUCUGAUCGAAAAGUGUUGCAAAACGAUGGUAUUAGCUGGACAUUUUGAUGAAAUGAGUGAUUUUUUUCAUUUCGCUUCGGACGACUCCGAGAUUAUUUUCAAUCUGAAGACGAAUGUCUUGAAAUCGCAAUUUCUGCGAGAUGCUUAUAUCAAAGUUCAGCGUGUUAAGGACAUGGAUUCUGUAGUAACGUUUCUCAGGAACACAUUUCCCGAUACGAGUGAGCGCCAAGAGUUUGAAAGAAAUCUAAUCUUGAGCGACGAAUCGUUGACUUAUUUUAGAUUGGUUAUGCAAAAUGAUGUGAAUUUGAUUGUUGGGGUCAAACAUUUUGUCUGCAAUAUUCUUUCUUUAGAUGCUGAUUUAGCGUCGGCUAAAAGCAUGUUAUUGAUGUUGAAUUACGAGAUUUUAAUUUCGGGCAAUUUUAAAAUCAAUUCGCGGUCGAAUUCCUCAUCUCGAAACGAUUUCAUUAAGUGGUGUCUGAAUGACGAUAACGAUGCAUUGGUUAACUUCAAACAAUCUUUACCUGUGAGCCAGAUUUUCUACACGAUGUUAGAAAAAUGUGCUCUGGAAUUGAAACAAUGGGUGGAUAGAAACCCGACUCCAGCUGGUCAAUCCCCUCGGUACAGUUCCAUAUAUUCGGAGUCGAUUUUUUCACAUUUGAAUUGGUUCCUCGAAUGGGUUUUCCUAACGAAGGAGGCAGUGCUGGAUUUCAAGCGUGAUAAAUUGUCAUCGUAUUUUCGUGUAGAGCAGACCAGAUCGAUAUUCGAGAUAGAUGGCACGGCAUUCUUCAAUCAACUGCUAUGCUGGUUUUUAAAUGACGAUAGACCACGAAUGGAACUUUUCAAGGUUUUUUUUUGCCAUUCGGGUUCGAGGUUUCGAAAACGAAAACAUGACCAGGUCAGUUGAAAAGUACGAUGAAAGCGGUUAUUGAUUUUGAAAAUUGCUUUUGAAAGAAUACGAUUACCUAUUUUCAAUGCAUUUGUUGCUUAUUUCAUCGCACCCAGCAUUGAAAUAUUAGUAUGGUAUGCUCAUUUUGGAUCUUGAUUUAAUCUUGAACAGUACUAAAUUUUUUACUCAAUCCUUCAGUUUUGUGUCUACUUAUGAUUUUAAUUAAGUACUUAGUUCUUAAGUUUGUAGAUAUUUGAUUUCCUUUCUGUUUUUCAUGGUUUUCAAAUAUGUAGUGUGAUAUUAGAUAAUAAUUUUUUUGAGUCAAAUGAAUUUUUUGCUCAUGGUAUUCGAACAAAAAUUCGUUAAUUGUUAGUAUCUAUUAUUUGCCUUAAAGUUACUUAUUUUUCAAUUCAAUAUACAUAUAUGUUAUUGGA